GUUGAAAAGGUUGGGACAAAAAAAUAUUCCUUCCCAGUUCCCUCUCCUCUGCCUUCGCUCCUCCCUCUUUUAUUCUCGGAUUCCAGAGGCAUAUGCCUCCCAUACGGUCUCGAGUUCUCUCGUCCUCAUACAUCUUCCAGCCAUUGCCACAGCCACCUGCCGUCCUAUUUUCGCCAUCUUCGUCUUCGCUGGCGUCGCCUUGGUGGAGAAUCGAUCCACGAUGGAGCUGUUGCAGCAGAAGGUGGAGACGUGGCUGAGAGGGCAGGGCAGCAGGAUCAGGGCGUCGUGGCCGCGCUGGGGAUGGCCAUGGCCUGGGGGAGGUGCCAAGGAGGAGCGGCGGAAGAUCCAGGAGGAGUACCACCGGAGGAAGCAGCAGCUUCAGAACCUAUGCCGCGCCGUCCGCGCCGAGUCGCUCGCUGAUCUCCAGGACAUCCUCUGCGCAAUGGUCCUCUCCGAGUGCGUUUACAAGAGGCCUGCUUCAGAAGUAGUUCGUAUAGUUAACAAGUUCAAAGCAGAUUUUGGUGGCCAAGUUGUCUCUCUAGAUCGUGUUCAGCCAUCUUUGGAUCAUGUGCCACAUAGGUAUUUGUUAGCAGAAGCAGGUGACACCUUGUUUGCUUCUUUUAUUGGAACAAAGCAGUACAAGGAUAUCAUUGCCGAUGCAAAUAUACUACAGGGUGCCAUAUUUCAUGAGGAUGUUGCUGAAGAUGUUGAAGUGCAGGAGGGCAUCCAAAAUGAUCAAGUUGAUGCCCAAACCAUUCAAGAAAAUCCUGAGAGGCCACUGCAUAUAGGGCUUAACACAUCAAAAAUGAAAAGAUCAAGACCAGCUGCACAUAGGGGAUUUUUAGCUCGUGCAAAAGGAAUACCUGCACUUGAGUUGUAUAGGCUUGCACAAAGAAAGAACAGGAAACUUGUGCUUUGUGGACAUUCACUUGGUGGUGCUGUGGCAGUUCUCGCUACUCUUGCCAUAUUAAGAGUAGUUGCAUCAUCUUCGUCUUCACCUAAAGAGAAUGGAAAGGUCCAGGUUAAAUGUAUAACUUUCUCCCAGCCUCCAGUUGGAAAUGCUGCACUUAGAGACUAUGUCCAUAGGAAGGGAUGGCAAGACUACUUCAAGACCUAUUGCAUUCCAGAAGACUUGGUGCCUCGCAUUCUAUCUCCUGCAUACUUUCAUCACUAUAGUUCAAAUGCAUUACAAAACUCAGUGGAUGCCUCUUUUGAUGGAGCAACCCAAGGAAAGAAUGGCCUUGAGGAAGCAAAAAAGGUCAAGCCAAAGGAAAAUGAUGAGCAUUUGAUUCUGGGCUUGGGCCCUACUCCUAUCAAAACUUCCUUUUGGCGACUCUCUAGGCUUGUGCCUUUGGAGGGUAUGCGUAAAAAAAUUGAUUGGUUCAAAUGGGGAAAGCAAGAAUCUGAGGAAACAUCUCUAAUGUCUGAGUCGAGCUUAAAUUUGACAAUUGAGGAAGCAGAGUCGGCACCAGAAUGUCUUGAAAUACAGGAGGGAUCUGAUGGUAUAUCUCUUAAUCCUUUUCCUAAAUCAAGUAAAGAAGUAUCUAAUGAAGUGAAAGAUGGUCGAACAACCAGUAAAAGCAAUACAAGUCCACAAUCCCGUCCUUGGAGGAGGGUGCCUUCGUUACCAUCAUAUGUCCCAUUUGGUCAGCUUUACUUAUUGGAGAAUUCGUCUGUGGAGUCACUCUCUGUAUCAGAAUACUCAAAAUUGACAUCUGUGAGAUCUGUGAUCACGGAAUUGAGGGAGCGAUUCCAGUCACAUUCAAUGAGAUCAUAUAGAGCACGGUUUCAGAAGAUCUAUGACUCGUGCAUGUAUGAGAAUCCUCCCAUUUUGGGAAUGGAACAACUGCCACAGUUUCCACAUCUACAACAAUGGCUUGGCCUUGCAGUUGCUGGUGUGGUUGAACUUGGACAUAUAGUUGAGCCCCCAGUUAUCCGGACAGCAACAUCAAUUGUUCCACUUGGGUGGAAUGGUGUUCCAGGAAUGAAGAAUGGGCAAGAACCUUUGAAAGUUGAUAUACAUGGUUAUGGAUUGCAUCUCUGCAAUCGGUUUCUAGCCCAAGUAAAUGGUAGCUGGUGUUCAACUACAGUGGAAUCAUCACCUUCAAUAUCAGCAUACUUGCAUCACGGCAUGCAAUCUGAUUUACAAAAGGUGCGCAUCUUAAUUGGUGCUCCACUUAGACAGCCACCAAAUCAGCCGAAUGUUGACUCUUUAGUUUGUGGGUUUCCAUCAUCAAAUGAAUCUCCUCUGGAUCCCUCCUUCAGACUUACUCUUGGGUCCAGUUCUGAGCAUGGGAAUGCAUAUACUGGAAGUUUAAAUAGUUUUACCAUACAUUGUACCAGUGACUUCUUCACUGUCUCGAAGGAGGUUCAUGUUAGAACUCGUAGAGUUCGCUUACUUGGUCUGGAGGGGGCUGGUAAGACUUCAUUAUAUAAUGCUAUUAUGAGACAGAAUCAGCAGCCUCUUGCUACUAAUCUUGAUGCUGGACAGUCCGACUCAAAUCCUCAAGAAGGAGUAGCUCGGGGAUUGUGUUAUUCAGACUCGGUAGGAGUAAACUUGCAGGACUUGAGCAAUGAAGCUAGGCAUCUAAGAGAGGAAUUAUGGAUGGGAACUCGUUAUCUUAGUAGGAAAACUGAUCUUAUUGUUCUUGUGCAUAACUUAUCACACAGGAUUCCUCGGUAUCACCAACCAGAUUCUGCAGAUGUCCAACCUGCACUUUCUCUUCUUUUAAACGAGGCAACGGAAGUUGGGGUCCCAUGGGUUCUUGCCAUUACAAAUAUAUUUUCACUGAGUGCUGAUCAGAAAAAUUCAGCCAUUAACGCAGUACUUCAAGCAUAUCAGGCAUCUCCAGACAUGGCUGUAGCUGUCAAUUCAUGCCCUUAUAUUAUGCCAACCAGUGCAACUGCUUCUCAGACUUGGAUUUCAACUGAGGAUGGAGAUUCAAGAGGAGCAACUACUGCCCAUAGGCUGAUGCUUGCACCAAUCAAUUUUGUCCGCAUGCCAUUCCAAAAGAAGCCUGUAGUUCUUCCUGUUGAAGGUGUGAAUUCACUGUGCCAACUUGUGCACCGAGUCCUGUUGACAGAUGAAGAGGCAUCAUUUGAGGAGCUUGCAAGGGAGAGACUCUACGUAGAAACACUGCAAGAACAGUUGCGUGCUGAGGCAAGAAAAGAGUCCCAAGAUAAAGAGAACUCGGUGACAGCAGCUGCAGUGGGUGCAUCGUUGGGUGCAGGUCUUGGGCUUGUCUUGGCUGUUGUGAUGGGUGCAGCGUCGGCUCUGAGGAAACCUUGAUGAUGUGGAAACGGCCGACUUUUUCACAAUGUUGCUUGGGGAUGGCAUCUGCAGUGGAUGCAUCUUUGGGCCCAGGUCUUGGGCUUGCUUGGCUGUUGUAAUGGGUGCAGCAUCGACUGUGAGAAAACCUUGAGGAUUUGGAAACACUCGAAUUUUCUCUCGAUCUUGGAAUUGGCCUUGGCUAUGCUACCAGGCUGAAAUGUAUAGUUUAUUGCUCUCCUUCAUCGUUGAAGGGAGGUGAUUACUUGAAAGCACAGACUUCCCUAUUGUCAGCUUGUGUUUGCCAAGAGGCAUGCUAUUCUACACUUGUACAGGAAAAGAAAGAAGAAUGAACUUUACUUUCCCCGAUUGGAGUACAUGGAAGCUUCUGCCUACUGGGGAAAAAGGUCAUGUUCUUGUGAACUGGUUACGUCCCUGUAAAAUCUAGAUGUCUAUAGUGUUAUUUAUUUGCACAGAAUCCUCUUAUGUCAGUAGGUAGCAUGUUUUUGUUUUCAAAUGUCCUGUUUUUUGUUUCUGAUAUUUUUUUGUCAAUAAAAAGAGUAAGUUGCCUUAAGUCAGGCAGUAUCUUA